GAUAUAAAACUUGUAAGCCCAAUAAGGCCACGUUGGGCCGUCACACGUAACUGACGAUCUCAAUCAGGAUUACAUCUCGUACUUCUUUCUCCGGCGGAAAAGAAGAAGCGGAAAACGAUGGGGGAAGCUUCAGAGACACCGUCGAACGCCGCGAGAUUUCGUGAAUCAGAAGCCAAAUCCGAGAAACCUCCUUUCAGAGUUGCCGUCGAUGACACCAAACCUGUCCUUCAGGAUCCGAUUGUGAGAUCGGACCCAAUGGAGACAGAAGAAGCUGUGCUCAGAUUGCCACUCAUGAGACCCUUCUGAAGUCGUAACUGAUGAGCUUAGAAUCCACAAUAGCUGCUUUUAAGACCAGACAAGUGCCAGCAGCACUCAGACCAGAGUGUAUUUUCAUUGCAUUACUAAUCACAAUGUAAGCAUUGCAAAACCUUUAAAAUUUGGUUUCUUUUAACUUGAGAGAGAGAGAGAGAGAGAGAGAGAGAGAGAGACUUGUGCCAUCUGGCAAUCAACUCGUAACAAACAUUCCUAUUUUUCUUAACUAAAAUCUCAAAACAUAUACAAUGUUUGGAUUGGUUUGUUAUGUUUUCAUUAAUUAAGAUAUACAAUCAUGUUGAAAGAA